UUCCUUGGUCUUCCCCCUUUGCCUCCUUAACCAUUUGCUCUUCUACCCUCGUAAUCCUUCAUCCUCUUUUGGGUAAACCAAAUCUAUGGGUUCUAGACUUCAUGCAAGGGAGAAGGAAACCAAAUCUGCACUUUUGCGUUCCCAACUGGAAUGGGGGGAAGAAAAAAGGGAGGCAAGGGGGGAGCGCAUUGCCAUCUAUAAAGAGACUCGCGGUGUCCUCAAGAUCUUCUUGGAGAACGUCAUCCGCACGGACACGGCCAGUCUCAGGCAUGGAUUCUAUCUUUACCGAAUGUGUAGAUUAGGUCUAGGGUGGGGGAUAUAUGUAAUUUGGGGAUGGAUUGGGUAAAUUAGAAAAAUGGUAGACGGCAUUGUUUAGGGCUUGUUUAGGAUUUUUGGGGCUUUAUUGUUGAUAUGAAAUGGUGGUGUGGACUAUCCAUAAUCUUUAUAUACUUAAGAUCUGCACUUGUGGGUGACUGAAUUUCCUGGUCACAAAGUGCACCUGAAUUAACUUCUGUUUUAAAUGAUAUUUUUUAUCACUCUUUCUUUUGUUUUCUUUCUAUGGAUGCUCGAUUACUGUGGCUUUAGAAUCUCUUCUUCUCAACUCUUUAGGUGAUUUUGGUUGAUUUUUUUCUUUUUUCUUUUUGGUCCAGAACGUAGCGAUUUUGGUUGAUUUUUUCAAAGAUAAAGAGGCACCACCAAACUUCUUGUUCCUUACUGCCCACCAGUUGUCGUUUCCCGGUAAUUGCCCUCAUCGGCGGGUGGUUGCUGGGAUCAGAGAGGAGUAAAAGAAAGAGAGAAAAGAGGAAAGAAGGAACUUGAAGAUAAGGGCGUUUUGGACAUUUACAUUAUAUUUUUUUACAGAUUAAAAUUAUUUAUAUAUUAAUGGUUUAAUUUAAUAAAUCACCUACUAAUUU